AGAGACAGAGACAGAGACGUUGCAGCCUUGCAUUUGUGCAGGCCUUUGCCUUCUCUCUCUCUCUCUCUCCUCUGUCAUCGCUGUUGCCCAAUAACACGAGAACGCUUUUGCUUCUCUCUCCUCCCCCACCUUUCUCUCCCUGUCCAUAUUAUUUUUCUUUUCCGCAGCAGAUUCUCUUUCCCCCAUUCCUCCUCCCCUCCUCCGGCGAAAAAAUCCUCCUCCCAACGCGUCUAUAAGUUGAACUGCACCUCUCCUAAAUGACCCUUCUUUGUACCUCUCGCCUAACCUUCUCCUCUGUUGCUUGUUAAUACUCCUUCCCCUCCUGAUUUUCUUUCUUUUCUUUUUUUUUUUCCUUCCCCUCCAAAAGAUUGGUCCUCCUUUGGGAGGCGCCCCUUGUACAGUUUUUAGCUCAGAUCUUGAUGACAUGUGGGUUUCCGUUUAAAUCGGAGCUGAGAUUUGGGGGAUCUGCGAAGCUUCCUUAAUUUCUUGGCCUGCCUGAAAUUCAUCUUUUCAAAGCAAGCAAGUUUUUUCUUUUUUCCUUUUAAAAAAAUUUGUUUUAGGUCCGUUUCCGGACCCUAUGUUGCCAGAUCCAUGUUGGCAGAGCACAAAUCCUGCAGAUUCGCUAUCGCCCCAUUUUGGUCGUGACCUUCCCUCCAUGGAAUCGGGCUAAUUUCGCCAGUUCCGUCGGUUUCUUGGAGAACUUCUUGGGGAAAAAUUCGAGCCUGCCGAUUAAUCCGACGUUCGUGGAACUUGUAUACACAAAUAUCAACUCGGAGAGAGCGUAAAUUUAUCUUUCAAGAACAGCGAAAAAUGAAUCCCUGUUCGAUCCAGCAAAGUGCGUUCGUGUCCCGCGAAGAAAUGAGGAGAGAGGCGGUGGUUUGUCCGAAGCCUCGCCGUCUUAAUUUGUUCAGCGCCCCCAUCCAGGAGCACCACCCAAUCAGGCCCUUCAGAUGGCACUUGGGGAGCCAAGCUGAACUGAGCGAUCUGAAAGCAGGGACUGAGGUUUUGGAUAUCAUCCUGACCAAGGGUGGCAAUGGUAUGGAAGAAUUUAGUGCACAGAUGGCCUCGUCGCCCCCAUUUUUUUGCGGGUCACCGCCGAGUAGAGUAGCUAACCCAUUAAUUAAAGAUGAUCGGUUCGGGGACGAUAGCUUCGCCCCGUUCUCGCCGCUGUCUCCGAUCCCUACCCCUUUGGGACCGUCCUUGUCUCCAUCAUCUUCUUCAAGGAAAGGAGGCUGUGUUCGCGCAAGUUUUGGGAACAAACCUGCGGUGAGAGUGGAGGGGUUCGAUUGCCUCAACAGGGACCGCAGGAACUGCGGGAUCCCAGCGCUGGCAUAGAGAGACAGCGGAGGCCCCACGAACCGAAUCACACGCCGACCACUAAAGUCAUCCGUUUUUUACUGCUAAACUUGAUGAGCGCGGGAGAUUUUUGAAAUCACGAGGGAGCACGGAAGGAGCAUGUCUCUUUUUUGUUAGUGUAUAUAUAUGUUAAAAAAGGUUCUAUGUAAAUUGAAUGGGAAGUGUCUUGUAAGUAAAAUGAGUCGUUGACCAAAAUAAUUGAGAGAGGGAGUGUCCUUUAGGUGUCUAUUGGAUGGAAAGUUUACUGAGAAACUUGGCUUGAGCUGAGAUGGGAGAUCGACCUUUUAAAUUUUUCUAACCCCCUUUGUUUGUCUAUCCUCUUUGGUUUAUUUUGUAUGUAAAGAGAGUCGAAAGAUGAUGUGGGGGAGUUUUUAAGAGUCUUUUGAAAGUUUCGUGGAGCCGGCUUAAAGAGGGUGAAGUUGUACAAAUCAGGUCGAAGUUGAGUAAUCGAAGUUAGUAAUUUAUGUGUAAAUAGAAACCCCUUUACUUAUAUCUGAACUUUCUGUUGGGAGUCUCUGUUUCUCUUCCCCAUUGUUGUCUUCUUGUCAACUGGGGAUGGACAAUGGACAUGGAUGGAAUCUGCUUUCUUUUGA